AUGAAUUACCAGCAUCAGGUAGCGCAAAAUGCUGCCCAGCAGCAGGCUGACGCAAACCAGAAGCGGAAUCAGAAACUUACGCAGCAGCAGCAGCCGCAAAAGAACGGACGUGCGACCCCCCAACUUUCAGCUGCGGUGGCGAAUCUUAGCCGUGGUAAAGCUACACCGUCGCCAGUGAGGAGCUCUCCUAUGGUUGCGAAUCAGCAAUUGGCGGGGAGAUCUCCUAUGGUCCCGAACCAGCAGUUAGCACCUAGGUCCCCCAUGCCGCCAAGUGCUCAGCAGUCGCCUCAAAUGCAGCAGCAGCAACAACAUCCUCAACGCCAACAGCCGCAACAAACACAACAGCAACAACUCCUGCAGCAGUACCCCCAAUACAACCCUUCGCAUCUUCGUCCCGGUACGGCCGAAGGCCAUUCCUCCUCACCUCAACUGCAAGCGCAAAUUGCGGCUGCUGCGUCUCAAGUUCGUGCCAUUGCACGAGUAAACGCCAGAGCGACGCCUUCCCCUGCAUUGAACGCGCCUGCCGCUACAGCGACGUCAGUCGCAGCGGCCAUGGUCCCAACCGCUGACGCCCAACAACAGCAACUCGCAAACUCAUCACAACAACAACCUCCACAACAGAUCAAGCAGCCACAGCAACCACAACAACCCCAGACCCAGCAACAACUCUAUUCACAGAUGCACCCCGCCUACCAGCAGCAGCUCUACAUGAACUACCAAAUGGCGCAGGCGCAGGCGCAGGGUCGUAUGCUCCCGUAUUGGCAGCCUGUGUCUGCGGCAGGCAUGGGUCGUGGUAUGCCAAUGCAAGGCAUGGGGGGACCUGUAGGUGCCCAUCCUGCCCACCCACAUGCUCAGGCUGCUGCUGCCCAACAGGUCAUCGGAAAGCAAACUGCCGUUCCUGGUGGAGUGCCUGGGCGAUAA